UUAAUCACUUCAUUUUCUGAAAGAAGACAAUCAUAAUGUCUGUUAUUUCCUUUAUUUGUUGUCUCCUUUUCAUAAUUACUAUAUCUCAAGCCAGCGCCCAGCCAAGUUUCGUAAAUCACUUUUGUCUCAGUGAUAAAGGCAGAUUCACAGCCAACAGCACUUAUCACACAAACCUCAACACCCUUUUAUCCAAUCUCACUUCCAACACAGGAAUCGACUAUGGUUUCUACAAUCUCUCUUACGGCGAAAACAUGGACAAAGUAAACGCCAUUGGGCUGUGCAGAGGAGAUGUUAAACCAGACGAAUGCAGCAGCUGCCUAAACAAUUCAACGGUCCUUCUCACCCAGCUUUGUCCAAACCAGAAAGAGGCAAUUGGGUGGUAUGACAAGUGCAUGUUGCGCUACUCAAACCGCUCAAUAUAUGGCGUCAUGGAAACUUCACCUUUGUUUUAUUUGUCGGAAAUAACCAAUGCAACGGACGUGGACCAGUUCAAUCAAGUGUUGGGGAACUUGAUGAGUAAUCUAACGGGCAUAGCUGCAUCAGGUGACUCUCGACGCAAGUACGCCGCCGCCAGCGCAACCGCCACAAAUAUUCAAGCAAUAUAUGGUCUGGUGCAGUGCACUCCAGACUUGUCUCAGCCAGAGUGCAAACACUGCUUGAUUGGGGCUAUCUCAGAAAUCCCAAGAUGUUGUAACGGCAAGAUAGGUGGUAGAGUUCUUAGACCCAGUUGUAAUAUCAGAUACGAAAACUACCCCUUCUAUGAUGAACCUACGGCAUAUGCACCAGCUCCAUCUCCAUCUCUAGAGAACAUGGUCCUUAAAAUUAUCCUCUUAUUCUUAAUUCUUCAAAUGUCUCACGAGCAGAGGAAUCUUGUUUUUGCAGAAAGUAGCAACACAACAUUGAUUGUCAUUGCUGUAAUUGUGCCUACUGUUGUUGUUUUGCUCAUUUGUCUCUGCCUAUAUUUAAGGAGGAGUAAGGCAAGGAAAAAUCUUACAGAAGAUGCAAUUGAAGAUGAUGAUGAAAUUAAAAUUGCUGAGUCAUUACAAUUCAACUUGGACACAAUACGAGUUGCUACAGAAGACUUCUCUGAAUCUAAUAAACUAGGACAAGGUGGAUUUGGAGCUGUUUAUUGGGGUAAGCUCUCUAAUGGACAGAUGAUUGCAGUCAAAAGGUUGUCAAGAGAUUCUGGGCAGGGGGAUACGGAAUUUAAAAAUGAAGUGCUUUUAGUGGCCAAGCUUCAGCACCGAAAUUUAGUUAGGCUUCUUGGUUUCUGCUUGGAAGGAAGAGAAAGGCUACUCGUCUAUGAAUAUGUUCAUAAUAAAAGCCUUGAUUAUUUCAUAUUCGAUUCAACCAUGAAAGCACAACUGGAUUGGGAAAGACGCUACAAAAUCAUUAGAGGUAUUGCUCGAGGCCUUCUCUACCUUCACGAAGAUUCUCGACUGCGUAUUAUCCAUCGUGAUCUCAAAGCAAGCAACAUUCUCUUAGAUGAAGAGAUGAAUCCUAAGAUAGCAGAUUUUGGCAUGGCAAGACUGGUAUUAGUGGAUCAAACUCAAGCAAAUACAAGUAGAAUUGUGGGAACCUAUGGAUAUAUGGCGCCAGAGUAUGCAAUGCAUGGACAAUUUUCAGUGAAAUCAGAUGUCUUCAGUUUUGGUGUAUUAGUUCUUGAGAUUGUAAGUGGCCAGAAAAACAGUGGCAUUAGUAAUGGGGAGAAUAUGGAGGAUCUACUAAGCUUCGCAUGGAGAAACUGGAAGGAGGGGACAGCUAUAAAUAUUGUAGAUCCAUCACUAAACAACAAUUCACGAAAUGAAAUGAUGAGAAGCAUCCAUAUUGGUUUACUUUGUGUUCAAGAAAAUUUAGCUGACAGACCAACCAUGGCUAACAUUAUACUGAUGCUUAAUAGCUAUUCUCUCAGUCUCCCAAUUCCGGCCGAACCUGCAUUUUAUAUGAACAGUAGAACUCAAAGCCGUCCAGACAUGCAAUCAUGGGAGUAUAAUUCAAGGGAAACAGGAACAAGUGAACCGAUACUUAAAUCAGCUCAAGAAUCAGAAAAUGAAGCUUCAAUUACUGAGCUAUACCCUCGCUAGAUUUUUGUCAUGGGGAUGAGAUUCAUUCAUCGUCAAUGCUUCUAGCUAGUCUUAAACCAGAAUACAACGUCUUAGAAGUCAUGUAAUUUGUUCCUGCAAUGUCCUGUUUAAAUACAACACGCAUCCUUUGUCUAAAAUUGUGACAUGACCUUUAGUUGGUCUCGAAGCCUUUGUUUGUUCUUAGUGAUUUGAGAGAUGUUCCAUUUCCUUCCUCCACACUCCACAGCCGUGGUUUUGAAUGGAAAUUCAGACUUUAUGUUGCAGGUACUUGUUGCUAUACGUGUAAUUAUAUAAUGAUUUAAUGAUUUCAUUUUCUUUUCAAUAACAUAUAUAGGUAUAGUGUUGAGCA